AUGUCCGCGUCCACCGCGAUCGGCGCCGCCAUCGCCCGCGUGGGUUCCCGCGCGGUCGUCCGUCGCGAUCCCGACCGCAACGCGCGCCGAGAAGCGCGCGGCGUCGCCCGCGCGCGUCGCGAGCGCGAGCUCGGUACGCGCGCGGCGCUCUCCGGGGGGUUCUUCCAUCGUCACGGCGGAGCCGGCGCGGGGAUCCGCGCGGGAACCCACGCGGCGAUGCUCGGCCGCGCGGCGAAGAGGCGGGGGAGCGGCCGCGGCGCGCGCUCGGUGACCACGAUGGGGCUGCCGAUUCCCAUCAUCGGCGGCCUGUUCAAUCCGGCGGUGAUGAGCAUCGUGUACGUGUUCGUCGCGGUCAAACUUUUUCUUGGCUUCGACAAGACCAACUACAGCGCGGACAAGAAGGUCGUGAUGACCGCGCUGUGGCCGUUGCUCGCGGCGACGAACCCGUCGUUCCGCGAGAACCUCAAGCGCGCCACCAUGGGGUAG